AUGUCGCUGCGACUUGACACUCUUCCUCCCGAACUCCUUCUGAGGCUGCCUUACUUUGUCCACUCGAUCGAGGACAUUCUGUCGCUUUCCUCCACAUGUCGGGUGCUCUAUCAUACCUGCGCGAAUCCCAGUCCCCAUGUCAUCUCGAAACUGGUGGCUGAAUCUGGACGCAUCUUCUUUCGCCCUCAUCCGCACAUGCUCAUCGCUGCGACCGCGCGACAGCUUGCGGACUGGGCCAUCCAGCAUGAUGAGCGCCGGUUCCGGCUUGAAGAAGCUAUUCGUGGUGGCGUCGACAAACUUCUCGAGUUGGCCAUUGAUGUAGUUGGGCUGACUAUGGACGAUAUCCGGCGACUGCUGCGAUUCAAAUAUGCGGUACUCAACCCCCUCGACAAGCAACUUGACCUGUCCUCUGGUCCAGGGUCUGGGUAUGGAAUGACGAUAUGCAACGACCCGGAAACAACGCUGUUAACAUGGGUAAUUUAUGGCGAACUCUUCCACCAUUCAAUGGAGCUGGGCUAUUUGUCCAGUGAUCAGCUUCGCCACCAACCACUUAGCAGCGUAACUCGGUACAAAUGGCUCGCAUACUGCGUGCCCGACGUUAACUCGUUCAAUUACCUCAAUUUCAAAAACCAACCAAACUUCUUCAAGGACUAUAAACAAGAGGAGAACGAUCGUUUCCAACAGCUGAGCCUCCAGACAGCCAUGGAUUUUCUGUGCCCGCAGCUUUGGGAGGACGCGCUGCAGCCAACAGUCCUUUGGAAGACGAUAGAUCCAGUAAUACGGGAAACUUAUGUCAGCUGCGCAAUGAAUCUGGGCUUCUCUAGCUUGGAGUUACUCGUGCCUGGAGGACCAGAGAGAUUGACUGCGCAACUGGAGCUCAUCGCUGCCAGUCUAUCCAAUGCACUCAAUGUCGGCCCGGGACUGCAGACGGCUGGACGCCUGAUUCAAGCGCGAAACGCAGAGCUCCGUGAACUGAUCGAAGACCCCUGGUGGCUCACUGGAUUCCCGGACCUCGAUGUCGACCUUAGCCUCACUUUGUGGGGGAAUUGGUCUGGCGAGAACGGACGCGUGUUGAUGAAGGCGAUAAGAACACCAGCAGUCACAGUAAAUACGGCUUGA